AUGUCGAGAGCAAUUCUUGUGACCGGUGCCACCGGAAAACAGGGAGGUGCCGUUGUCGAUGCACUUCUUGCUUUGCCCAACGCAGACUUUACAAUACUCGCCGUCACACGCAAUCCGCAAAGCACUGAUGCCAAGCGACUUGCAUCCAGAUCCUCCUUCAUCAAACUUGUAGGAGGGAAUCUGAAUGAUACACCAGCCCUGUUCGAGGAAGCCCAUCAAGUAUCCGCUCAUCCCAUUUGGGGGGUGUACUCGCUGCAAGUCUCCAUAGGUCCAGGCGUGACGGUGGCGAGUGAAGUGGCACAAGGGAAGAAUCUCAUCGAUGCCGCCAUUCAAAACGGGGUUUCGCACUUCGUGUAUAGUAGUAUCGAACGUGGCGGUGACGAGGUGUCUUGGGACAACCCGACUCCAAUUCCACACUUCCAGAGCAAGUACCAGAUCGAGCGUCACUUGAGAGACGUUACGGGUCCUGGGAAACCAGGCGAGAAGAUGAGAUGGACCAUACUGCGGCCUGUUGCCUUCAUGGACAACUUGGAGUCUGGCUUCCAAACCAAGGUCUUCUUGGCCGCCCUACAAAAUUGGUUGGGAAACAAGCCCUUGCAAUUUAUUGCAACCAGCGAUAUCGGCAUAUUUGCCGCUAAGGCGUUCGACGAUCCUGAGGGGUGGGACAGGCGAGCGGUUGGGUUGGCUGGAGAUGAGUUGUCUGUUCGGCAGAUAAGUGAGUCUUUCCUAAAUGCUACAGGGUCUCCCGCACCCAUAACAUACUGGUUUUUGGGAAGUGCUUUGACGUAUGCCAUCACUGAGGUGAGGCUUAUGAUUGGUUGGUUUGCGAGUGCCGGCUACAAGGCGGACAUUCACCAAAUUCGUCGGGAACAUGCCGACUUGUUGACAAUGGAACAGUGGUUGGUGCGAAAGAGCGGGCUUGUGACUAGGUAG